AUGGAGACUAUUGCCUUGAAGGCACUUCACGUCGACGAUGAUUCUUCAUUGAAUCCUUGGACGUUCAGAAUGCUCUUCCUAGGUUUUGGCCUUUCUGGAUUUGGAUCUGCCUUAGCCACAAUAUUCCUGUUCAAACCACAAUCUGUAGCUGUGUCUGUUAUCUUCUUAACAGUUAUCAGCUAUGUCAUUGGCAACGCAAUGUCCCUUGGUCUCCCGAGACGUGGGCUCAUUGGUCGAUGGUUCAACCCACACAGCUUCAACUCGAAGGAACACUUGGCAAUUGUGAUCAUGUCUUCGUCCGCAUCCUCAGCAGCAUAUGCCACCGAGGUUUUGGCCACGCAGAAGCUAUACUAUAACAUUGUUCCAAAUGCAGUUGUUGCGAUUUUACUUCUCCUGUCGUCGCAGUUGCUUGGAUACGGCAUGGCCGGAGUGCUUCGCAAGAGUUUGGUAUACCCUACAAAAAUGUUGUGGCCCAGCAUUUUACCCCUAAGUUCUCUUAUCGAGACCCUGCACCGAGAUAAGAGUGAGAUGAGGAAGAAAUUCAAUUUUUUCUGGAUCGUCUUUGGUGUUGUCGCUGUUUGGGAACUAUUCCCCCAGUAUGUCAUGCCAGUUUUGACCGGUGUGAGCUUCUUCUGUCUAGCAAACCGAGAAAGCUUAGUCUUCACAAACAUCUUUGGUGGAUCUAGUGGAAACGAGGGGCUCGGGUUAUUGGCCUUCAGCUUUGAUUGGCAAUACGUGGGUACAUCGGCGUUCUUCACCCCUCUGAUCACCCUCACGAACGCCUUUGUUGGAUUUGUCCUGUGCACCGGAAUGUACAUUUGGAUGUACUACGGCAACCUCUGGAACGCUUUGGACUUUCCAUUCUUGAGCCAAGCACUCUUCUCCCAGGCCUCCAACGCGACACAAUUCGUCGUCUUCAACCAGAGCGCCAUCCUGGAUGCCUACAAUGAGCUUGACCCAUCAAUACUUGACGUGAUCGGACUUCCAUUCUUUGCUACAACUAACGCAUCGUUCCUUCUGACCACCAAUCUCGGUAUUACUGCAACGAUCAUUCACAUUCUUCUGUGGAACGGCGACAUCGUUGGCAAGACGUUCAAGCUCCCAAAAUGGUCCACCGCAAAGAACUUUCGGCCGAAGAUGAUGUUUUGGGAGAAGAGUCCUCAAAGCCUCGGAAUGGAAAGACUUGACGACGAGAAAGAAGAGUUGGACCCCCAUUACAAACAAAUGCUCGCAUACAAAGAAGUCCCAUCCUGGUGGUACCUCCUCAUCUUGGGCCUGUCAAUGGCCACCGCUUUGUUCUGCAUCUACAACUUGAAGUCCACCUUACCCUGGUGGGGAUUCUUGGUUGCCUGCGCUCUCUCAUUCGGCAGUACUUUGUUCUUCGGUGCCCUGACUGGACUCAUCGGCUUCGGCGUGCCCAUCACUGGGCUAGUUCAGCUCAUCGGUGGCUAUCUUCAUCCUGGCAAGCCAGUCGCUAACAUGUACUUUGUCCUCUUCGGAGCCAAUGCUCAGUCUCAAGCUCUGUUCUUGGUCGAAAAUCUGAAGCUUGGUCAAUACGGCAAGCUUAGCCCAAGAUGUACCUUCAUGGUCCAAAUCAUGGGAACGGUGUUCGGCGCCAUCAUCAACUACGUUCUGAUGAGCUCUAUUACAACCAAUCAGCGCGAGAUUCUUCUCUCUAUCCAAGGAACCAACAUCUGGUCCGGGCAAGUUAUCCAAUCGUUCAACUCAAACGCAAUCGCUUUCGGAGGCCUAUCAAGCUACCUCUUCAGCAUCGGCCGUCAAUACCAAUGGAUCAUUCUCGCCCUCCCCAUCGGCUUCUUCCUCCCGCUCCCUUUUUACUUCGCCCACCGUGCCUUCCCAAAAGUCGGCUUCAACUACGUCGUCACACCCGUUAUCUCCUGGUAUCUCGGUUACCUCUCAGUGGGCAUCAACUCCUCCGUCAUGGUCGCCUUCGGUCUCGGGUUCUACGUGCAGUUCUACGUCCGCAGACGCCACCCUGAAUGGUUCUUGAAAUAUAAUUAUAUUUUGAGUGCAGCCAUCGGUGGAGGAACGGAACUGUUAAUUGUCAAACUCCAAUAUAUCGAUUUUCCAUCAAUAAAUCGAUUACUUUUCAAUAUCUUUGUUACGACUUUUGCAGUGCAGGGUGCAAGUGGAAAGGCGGUUCCGUUCCCUCCGUAUUGGGGGAAUAAUUUCCAGACGGGGAACUUUGAUUAUUGCGCUUCGAACCCUGCAUUGGGUUGAAGGUGUAAAGUGGGUAUUUUUGAGGUGGUGGGGUGCAGGUGUUGUGGCGUUGAGGAGUGGCGUGGGGGAAUUGUUCCCAUUGUAUUUGUACAUUAUAUACUGCCAAGUGUCACUACCGUUCUGACGUGUCAUGCCACAUUGUCUCCCUACUUCAGGCGACUUUUGCCAUGAGGUUAUUCCCAAUUUCAUAUCUUCCUAAUCGAG